GUAUCAAUAAAGUUCAUACUGCCAGAUGGUCAGGUGAAAUUAGUAAAUGCAAAACUAGGCAGUACCUUGCUAGAUGUGGUCCUGGACAACAACGUGGCAAUUGAUGGAUUUGGUGCCUGCGAGGGUACUCUUGCAUGUUCAACUUGUCAUCUGGUUUUUAGUGAGCAAGAUUUCAAUAAACUUCCUACCAAAGCUUCAGAUGAAGAGCUAGAUAUGCUGGAUCUGGCCUAUGGUCUGACUGAAACAUCAAGAUUGGGCUGCCAGAUUAAGGUGACAGAAGACAUGAACAACAUGCAAGUGACCGUUCCAGCGGGGAUGGCCGACGCCAGGUUUCGAUAA